UAAAUGCAUGGAAAGAGCCGAGGAAAGCACAUCUGGUUUCAAUCAGCAGCCCUUUGAUGGCAUCAAAUGUUCUUUUCUCAGAUCAGGGGGCUGGAAAUUCUGGGCUGGUUAUGGCAGCUUGGAGCCCAGGCUCCGGCCAUUUAAACACAUGGGUCUUUCUCUCUCCUGGGGAGUUCGCUCACUCAAAACUCAUGCAACCCUCUUAGUUCUCCUCCCUGACCCCUCUUCAAUCGAACAGAUUUUUUUUUGAGAGCGAGUGAGCUGCAAUCUCUACAAAUAACCUGAAGCCAAACGGUUGGAACAGCAGGAAACGUUAAAAAAAAUAGGAGAAAACUUGAUUGGAAUGGACAUGGACUGUUUCCAAAAGUUUCCCCUGCAGCUGUUAUCAAAACAUGCAAAUGAGAGUCUCCAACAAGAUCUAAAACAAAUCAGGAGGAGUUAAUGCUGAAGCAAAAUAAUCAGCCUGUUUGAAGUGAUUGUGGCUUUCAGUUUGACUUUUCUGCCAGAGAUCCUAUUGCAAGGAGGGAGAGAGAGAAUUCGAUCUUUAUUUAAGACAAGCAAAGGGUCUUCCCCGCGCUCGCUCGCUACAUCAGAUGCUGGCGAAGGGGGGGAGGGGAGUUUUUAAUCAGUGUGUUUUUGGUGGUGGGGGGAGAGUUUGCGCUGGAGAAGAGGGGUCUGUAAAACGUCAGAAACAGCACAAAGACUUUGCCACGUAAUUACAGGCCCCUAUUAAGUCUCGAGCUGCCCUCCCUUGGGUCUCCAAUUUUCAUGUAUUCCCUGCAAAGUCUCCCCUGUGUGCCAUACUGGCCCUUUUGAAGUGCCAGAGAGCGGCUUGAUCCAACUGAGAGGGGAGGGGGAGAGCAACUGAGAGCGAGACCGGGGACCGAGGAGGACGGGGGGGGGGGGGGCUCUUUCGGACUCCUGAAAACCCUCGUCUUCCCUUCGGUGAGAGUUAAUACUCGCGAGUACAUCUGCAAGACAUCAGCACCCGUGACCUGAAACCUCAGUCACUCCUGAGACUCACCAGGAGCGCAAAGGGGGCAGCGCGCUCUCUUGGAGAUGGUUUAAAGCCGGGACAAGCCUCUUGCUGCUGGUGCCUGCCUGGGAAUACGCCGCUUCUCCUGAAAGACACGUUUCGAUUCCUCUCCCCCCCUCCCCCAUCCCCUCCCUCCUUCUCUCUCUCUCGCUUUCUGUGUCACUUUCGCGUGAGAACUAGGCAGAGGGAGGCCGGAUUCGCCCCCUGGAACCUGCCGAAAGAAGCCCAGGGAGCGCCCCUGCUCCGGGGCAGCGUCUGAGAUUUUGGGGAGGGUCCCUUGUAUUCCCCCCCACCCUCUCUCCCUCCUCUUUUGCCUGCACUUUCCCUUUAAGACUUGGAGGAAACCAUGACUUCCAGCUAUGCCCACAUCAUGGAGAGACAGGCCGUCCUAGCCACCCGCUUGGAGAACCCCAGCAACCUGGACAACUUACAGGCCAAAAAGAACUUCUCCGUCAGUCACCUGUUGGAUCUGGAGGAAGCCGGAGACAUGGUGGCGGCUCAGGCGGACGAGAGCGUAGGGGAAGCCGGCAGAAGCUUGCUGGAAUCCCCGGGGCUAACCAGCGGCAGCGACACCCCGCAGCAGGACAAUGAUCAGCUGAACUCGGAAGAGAAGAAGAAAAGAAAGCAGAGAAGAAACAGGACCACCUUCAACAGCAGCCAGCUCCAGGCGCUGGAGAGAGUCUUUGAGAGGACACAUUACCCUGAUGCCUUUGUACGAGAAGACCUCGCACGCAGAGUCAACCUCACUGAAGCCAGAGUUCAGGUAUGGUUUCAGAACCGAAGAGCAAAGUUCCGUAGGAACGAGAGAGCCAUGCUGGCCAACAAGAACGCCUCCCUUCUCAAAUCCUAUUCAGGGGACGUGACUGCGGUGGAGCAGCCAAUAGUACCUCGCCCAGCUCCAAGACCCACUGACUAUCUCUCCUGGGGAACAGCCUCGCCUUACAGCGCCAUGGCUACCUAUUCUGCUACGUGUACCAAUGCUAGCCCUGCCCAGGGCAUGAACAUGGCCAACAGCAUUGCCAACCUGAGACUGAAAGCAAAGGAAUAUAGUUUACAGAGGAACCAAGUACCGACAGUCAAUUAAACACUGUCUCAAAGAAAGAGUAAAACAAAAUGACACCCGUCCUGCUUAGCAGUUUGCUCAUGCUGAAAAAUAAACCCUGAACUGACUAUUGGGACAAAAGCAGGAGAAAAAUGAACUGCAAAUUAGUUAUGGUGUUCCUCUUUCCUUGUGGGAUAAUGUCACCACUUUGUGUCAGGUUUAUCGCUUCUGCUCAGUAUACUAUGAGCUUCUUCAGUUAAGGACAAUUCCAUCCUUCUUGUUUAUUUUAUACGUGACUGCAAAAGAAACCCUAUCGAUCCAGCCUUUGAACUUCUCCCCUAGACUUUCCUGAGGUUCAGCACCAGGUCCCUCACUUCCUAUGCCCCAGCUCACUCUAGAAAAGGGAAUUCCGAAGCCAAAGCCCUCUCCGUUGUAUCCGCAUGAGAUCGAAGUAUCCUUCCAGAACUCCAGAGCAAGGCUGCAGCUGCAAAGUCGUUAUCAUUAGCCUCUGAGGAGGGUUUUUGAGCAACGCGGUGAGUUCCUCUAGUCCAGUUGCCUGGAAUGUUCAUUGUUUCAUUCACAGCCAUCUUGAGUUUAGAACUUAUUCGCCUCUUUCUGAUUAUUUCUGGCCCAGCCUCUUUGAAAAGCCAAAGAAGAGAAGAUCCUUCUCAAGCCAGAGUGCGUGUCUGCAUAGGGGAGAUUGCUCAGGAGCUCAAAGAUUAGGACUUUGCCUUAUGCUUCUUUCUAUGCCUUAUGUUUUGUGCCACAGGUAAAAGUGUUGUCCAAACGCAUUUGUUUUAUAUAUACUGUAUAUAUUUAUAUAUAUAAGAUAUACAUGCAAGCUUGGUUGGUGUUUUUUAUUAAACAAAAUAAAAAUACAUUGAAAA